AUGGCCCUCGCUGCCCUGUGGAUGCCGCUCCUCCCGGCGGCAUUCGUCGCGUACCUGCUAGCGGCGCUGACCAAGUGGUACGAGGCCUACUUUGACAUCCUCACCGUCCCGCGCGGGCGCUUCAUGUACGAGCUGAAGUGCAUGCACGAGGGUUACGGCCCCAUUGUGCGUGUCAACCCGGACGAAAUCCACAUUAACGACCCGUCGUGGGUGAAUACGCUGUACACCAACGCGGCACAUGGAGCGCUCUUUAGCACGGUCGGGCACGACAUCCACCGCAAGCGGCAGGCAGCUGUCAGCCCGGUCUUCUCACGCGCGUCCGUGUCGAGCAUCGAGGGCCUGCUGUACGACGACACGGAGCUGCUGAUGCGGCGCGAAAUGGACCGGCAGGCGCUCGAAGCGAUCGCGAUCUACAGCAGGCAGCUCCCCGACGGCGAAAAGGGCGAGAAGCGGACGCUAAGGAAGCACAACAUCUUCGGGACGAUCCUCGCGGCGCCGGGGCUCAGCACGGCCGAGAAACGGCCCGCGCGCAUUGCCCAGGAAGGUUUUGUUGCGAUCGCUGCCGGCGGCAAGGCCCUCGCCCGCGUGCUCCUCAACGGUACUUUUCACAUCCUCGACAAUCGCGAUCGCGUCCUCCCCCACUUACGUGAUGGGCUGCUCGCCGCCAUGCCUAACACGCACUCGCGCCCUAGUCUUAAGGAUCUGGAGAAGUUACCUUGGCUAACGGUCAUUGUCAAGGACUCGCUGCGCAUCUCGACGCUGCUGACGUCGCGGCUGCCUAUAGUCGCGCCGCACGAGGCGCUGCAGUCCAAGGAGUGGAUGAUCCCGGCAGGCACCCCCGUCAGCAUGACGCUGAGCGACAUCCUGCUCGACGCCACACCCUUCCCCGACCCGCACGUCUUCCACCCCGAGCGCUAG